GAAAACAGAGCAAACUCAGUUCCAUUUCGUCUUCUACCUCUCUACCCUCCAACGUACGUACCUAAUUGACCACAAUCGUCGUGGACCUUCAAUGGCUGCUGCUUCAGUUCCAACUUUAGGAGCUGUUAACAGAGCACCGCUGAAAUUGAAUGGCUCUGGGGCUGGAGCAUUGGUUCCAAGCUCGGCAUUCUGGGGCAACAGCUUGAAGAAGGUGAGCCCCAAGAUCACCAACCAGAGAAUAUCUUCUGGGAGUUUCAAGGCUGUUGCGGAGUACGAUGAGCAAAAGCAGACAUCCAAGGACAAAUGGGGAGGACUUGCCUUUGACACUUCGGACGACCAGCAGGAUAUCACUAGGGGAAAGGGAAUGGUGGACAGUGUUUUUCAAGCUGCCAUGGGUUCUGGGACUCACUAUGCUGUCCUGAGCUCCUAUGAUUAUAUCAGUGCUGGUCUUCGCCAAUUCAAACUUGACAACAACAUGGAUGGAUUUUACAUUGCACCCGCAUUCAUGGACAAGUUGGUUGUUCACAUCACCAAGAACUUCUUGAACUUGCCAAACAUUAAGGUUCCUCUCAUCUUGGGUAUCUGGGGAGGCAAAGGUCAGGGAAAAUCAUUCCAAUGUGAGCUUGUCUUUGCAAAAAUGGGAAUCAACCCCAUCGUGAUGAGUGCUGGAGAAUUGGAAAGUGGGAAUGCUGGAGAGCCUGCAAAAUUGAUUAGGCAAAGGUAUCGCGAAGCAGCAGACAUUAUCAGCAAGGGAAAAAUGUGCUGCCUAUUCAUCAAUGACCUUGAUGCUGGAGCGGGUAGGAUGGGUGGAACUACCCAAUACACUGUCAACAAUCAGAUGGUGAAUGCCACUCUUAUGAACAUUGCUGAUAACCCAACCAGUGUCCAGCUUCCUGGUAUGUACAACAAGGUGGAAAAUCCACGCGUUCCCAUCAUAGUCACUGGUAAUGACUUCUCCACAUUGUAUGCCCCUCUCAUCCGUGAUGGUCGUAUGGAAAAGUUCUACUGGGCACCUACACGGGAAGACUGCAUUGGUGUCUGCACGGGCAUUUUUCGGACACAUGGUGUACCUAAGGAGGGCAUGGUGAAGCUUGUUGACACCUUCCCUGGACAGUCCAUUGAUUUCUUUGGUGCUCUCAGGGCAAGAAUCUAUGAUGAUGAAGUGAGGAAAUGGAUAUCUGGCGUGGGUGUAGAGAAUGUAGGUAAACGGCUCGUGAACUCAAAGGAGGAGCCUCCAACCUUUGAUCAACCAAAAAUUACACUUGAGAAGCUCCUUGAGUAUGGAAACAUGCUUGUUCAAGAGCAGGAGAAUGUAAAGAGAAUUCAAUUGGCUGAGAAGUACUUGAAUGAGGCAGCUCUUGGAGAUGCAAAUGAAGAUGCUAUCAAGAAUGGAAACUUCUAUGGCAAAGCAGCCCAACAAUUUAAGCUUCCUGUUCGGGAAGGCAGCACUGAUCCAUCUGCUGCAAACUUUGAUCCAACAGCUAGGAGUGAUGAUGGGUCCUGCCUGUAUCAAUUUUAAGUCUGUUCCAGGCAUUUGAGUAUAAAUUGCAUAGGGAAAAUAACCUCCGAGAAUGGGUGUACCAGCUCUAUUCAACAAAAAUUGUUUAUAAAAAAAAAAAAAAAAAAAAAAAAAACCCUCUAUUUAACAAAAAUACUGUGUUGUAAUUGUAUAGAAGUGAAAAUAAGUUUCCUUUUUAAUUCU